AUGCGAAUUGAUGCACAUCCCAUCGGCUUCUGCCAAUUAGUGAUUGAAGUGAUUCUCUAUCGCAUAUUUAAUAUAUCUAUCUAUCUAUCUAUCUAUCUAUCUAUCUAUCUAUCUAUCUAUCUAUCUAUCUCAUUCUGUUCAUUUCUCUGUAUGUAUGUAUCUAUCGUUCGAGCGAGCGAUUUCGGUCUGUUCAUUUCUAUCUAUCUAUCUAUCUAUCUAUCUAUCUAUCUAUCUUUGCGUGCUCACUCUGUUCAUAUCUAUUUAUCUAUAUCUCUCUCUAUCUAUUUGUCUGUCAGCCUUUUCUUGUCUAUCUACAAUACUCUGGUAAUCUAUCUAUCUAUCUAUCUAUCUAUCUAUCUAUCUAUCUAUCUACUUAUUCCUUUAUGUACUAACAGAUAUCUAUCUAUCUAUCUAUCUAUCUAUCUUGGGGGACACCGCUCUGAAAACUUAUAUCUAUCUAUAUCAGUCUUUUAUGACUAUGUAUCUAUAACAAUAUUGAUCUCCAAUACUGGUUAUCUAUCUAUCUAUUUAUCUAUCUAUCUAUCUAUCUAUCUAUCUAUCUAUCUAUCUAUCAUAUUUGCUUCCAAUAUGCUGAUGUACCUAUCUAUCUAUCUGUCACUCACUCACCCACUCACCUUUGCAAAAAUCAUACAAGCAGUAUUUUUCAUGGAAGGGCGGUGA